UCACUCCGCCGAAUUAUGUCGGGCAGUAACGAAUGGCGCAGUCAGCCGCCACAACCUCCUGCUGAGGUGAACAGACCAAACAUCCAGUCUUACCGCCAGCAACAGCAUGACCAGCCACCAGUGUUGCCUCCACCAGCAAGCUUGGAAAACAGACCUCCCCACUUCUACGCGUUGCCUUCGCUCCCAAGCUUUGGAAAGUCGCAGCCUUCACACAUGCAGCAGAGAUUCAACAUCCCGCCGCUUAACGAGGGCCCAAACAUCCACCAGCCCAAGCCGGAGCCACAGCCGUCACCGCCAGUCUCACACUCCCAACCACAACCUCCCCUCGCAGGCGCAGCACAGUCUUCAGCGUCAUUGCAGGACAUUGCGAACGCGCGCCGCCGUCCAUCGUCACCGGGCGGCUCGCACUUGAGCUACCGUACAUUAAACGUCAAGGACGCGCUCACGUACUUGGACAACGUGAAGAUCCAGUACAACGACCAGCCGGACAUCUACAACAAGUUCUUGGACACGAUGAAAGAGUUCAAGUCACAAGUGUUGGACACACCGGGCGUGAUUGACCGCGUGAUCAAGCUCUUCCGUGGACACCCCAGCUUGAUCCAGGGAUUCAACACGUUCCUUCCUCCAGGCUACCGUAUCGAGUGCCACAACGACCCGGAGGACCGCAGUCCGAUCAAGGUCACCACGCCGUAUGGUACUGCGCUCAUCAACAGCCAGGACGGGACACCUAUGGGCGAGCAGCCGAUCAUCCCCACUGCCGCGCAGCAGCAGCAGAUGGAACCGUACUUCCAGGAGCACAGCGCGCCGCCGCAGCCACAACCGCCACAUGGCUAUCCGCCGGGACCUCGUCCAGGUGACGCCCCACCGCAGCCGCAGCCGCAACCGCAUGGCUAUCCACCUCGCCCCGAUGAAGCACAGCCACAGCCACCACACGGGUUUCCUCCCGCACCACGCGAUGAUGCGCCCCACUACGUACGUGACGACGCGCACGGUUUCCCACGCGAUGCGUUCGGCAUGCCUCCCGCUCCCGGCGUCAGCAGUGGCCCGGUUGAGUUUAACCACGCCAUCACGUACGUCAACAAGAUCAAGACACGCUUUGCCAACCAACCGGACAUCUACAAGCAGUUUCUCGAGAUUUUGCAGACGUACCAGCGUGAGCAAAAACCUAUUGGUGAGGUGUACCAGCACGUGACGCUCUUGUUCCAGUCGGCGCCGGACUUGUUGGACGACUUCAAGCAGUUCCUCCCGGACACCAGCGCGAAUGGCGCGCCGCCACCGAUGCUCCAACCGGGGAUGGAGUACUACGCGCCGCCACAGCCGCAGUUACCGCCAGUGGGCAAUUUCCAACCAGCGCCACCGGGUGCGAAGGAUCGCAAGAAGAAGGGUCUGGUUGCACAUAUCUAUGAGACAGAGGUACAGACGUCGGACGUGCGUGGCACAUUAGCACCAAAGAAGGCGAAGGAGCCGGCGUCGCCCAGCUUGUUACCAGGGGUGCCUGAGCCGGUUGCUGCGGGCUCGAAGGCAUCGUCGCUCCUGGAGGAGAUUGGUUUCUUUGACAAGGUUAAGAAGACUAUGGGCAACAAGCAGACGUACAAUGAGUUCCUCAAGAUGUUAAACCUCUACUCACAGGACAUUAUCGACCGCGACACGUUAGUAGAGCGUGCGGAAGGCUUUAUUGGGUUCCACAAGGAGUUGUACGAGUGGUUCAAGAUGUUUGUGGGCUACGAUGGGCAGCCACAACACAUUGAGAAUAUUGCAUUCAAGAAGCACCAGCUCGAACUCUCUCUUUGCAAGGCCUGUGGCCCGAGCUACCGCAAGUUACCCAAGGCCGAGACGUACAUGCCAUGUUCCGGGCGCGACGAGAUGUGCUGGGAGGUGUUGAACGACGAGUGGGUUGGACAUCCGACGUGGGCGUCUGAGGACUCAGGGUUUGUCGCUCACCGUAAGAACCAGUACGAAGAGAUCUUGUUCCGGAUCGAGGAGGAGCGCCAUGAGUACGACUUCUACAUGGAGUCGAACCUCCGCUCAAUCCAGACGUUGGAAACGAUUGCGAAUCGCAUCGCUAACAUGACACCCGAGGAGAAGGCCAACUUCAAGUUGCCGCCGGGGUUGGGCCACACGUCCAUCACCAUCUACAAAAAGGUGGUACGUAAGAUCUACGGAAAGGAAAAAGGUUUCGAAGUGAUCGAUGCGUUGCAUGAGAAUCCUGCGAUCGCUGUCCCAGUGGUUUUAAGGCGUUUAAAGCAGAAGGAUGAGGAGUGGAAGCGAGCCCAUAGAGAAUGGAACAAGGUUUGGCGCGAGAUGGAGCAGAAAGUGUUCUACAAAUCGUUGGACCACUCCGGCUUGACCUUCAAGCAGACAGACAAGAAACUCUUGACCACAAAGCAGCUCUUGAGCGAGUUGAGCACCAUCAAGGUUGAACAGGCGAAUAAGAAGUUGAAUCCGUUAGCACCGAAGCCGCAGGAGCAGUUACGGUACGUGUUUGGGGAUGCUGGGGUAUUAGCGGAUGUGAAGCGGUUGGCGUUGGUGUUUUUGCGGAACUCGCAGUAUUCAGCCGGGGAUAAGGAGCGGGUAGAGGCGUUUAUCGAGGAAUUUUUGGAGGUGUUCUUUGCCGGAGGCAUAGCUGGAAGUAAAGCCGCGAACGGUGAAGCUAUCCCUAGCGCGAGACGCGAGGCCUCUCGUGCCGGUGAAAAGCCUACCAGCGAACCUAUCGAGUCGCCUAUCGACGAAUCGAGUAAGCCCCAAAAGCGCUCCAUCUCUUCGGUCUCCACCUCCCUUCGCGAAAUUCUCAAGAAGAAUAAAACUCGUUCAGCCACCCCUGAGUCAGAAUCCGCCGAAAAGGCGGGCGAGCUGUGGAUCCGUGUGGCUGUGGACACGCUCCGUGAUGUCGCGGACCCCGCGCCGACGCCACGCCACACGUUCAACUUCUUCUGUAACACAACGGUCUACGUGUUCUUCCGCCACCUCCGAGUGUUGUACGAGCGCCUUGAGGAACUCAAGGCGAUGGACGCGGCGGUGGGUGCGGAGAUCCGCGCGCGUACUGACGUUCAGUUCGCGAAGGACCUUGACUUGUUGUCGCAUCAGAUGGAGGACAUGGGCAUCAGUAUCAACGGAAACGACUGUUACGCACAGGUAUUGGCCCUUUCCGAGCGUCUCAUCGAGGGCGAGCUCGAGCACCAAUGGUUUGAGGAGGCUUUGCGCCAGGGCUACCGCAACCGUGCGUACAAGCUUUACACCGUCGACAAGGUGGUGCAGGGGCUCGUGAAGCACAUCCACACAAUCAUCACUGACACCAAAACAGCAGAGAUGACGGUGUUGUUUGAGAAUGACCGUCAGCAGGUCCGCACCACCGCAAAGAAGCAGAUCAUUUACCGCUUGCAGGUGCGUUCGUUGAUGGGUCCGGACGAAAACAUGUUCAAGAUCGCAUACACCCAGACGGACAGCUCCGUGAGCAUGCAGUUCGUUGCGCUCGACGAUCUCACGGUCGCGGAGACCGCACUUGACGACCAGAAGUACAGCUACUAUGUCACGACUUACAGCAUGGCACAUCCAACAGAAGGAAUUGACGCUGAUUCGUUAGCGUUGCCGUUCCACAAGCCUGCGUUGGACGAGGACGAGGACGAAGACGUUGCGGGACAGUCUAGCUCCAAUAUGCGCGUCAAGGUGUGCCAGAACACUUUCCGAUUGUUCUUUGAGGAGGGCUCGUCGGACCUGUUCACCAGAAACACCGUGUACACCGAGCCGGAGGCGAAGGUGGAAGGGGACGAGAAGGUGGCAAAGUUGGCAAAGCUCGUGAAGGACAGACUCGGGAACAUGGACGGCCGCUUUGACGCGUUGGUGAGCGGUGGCACUGCAGCGUGGGCCCUGUACCAAGGAGCGAAGGUAAAGGAGGAAGCUGAUGAUACGAACGACGAUACGGUGAAUGAAUCGAUGGUGGAGCCAAACGGGGAGCCGAAGCCGAAGCCUGAAGCAAAGCCCGAGGUAAAGCCUGAGGCGAAGCCUGGGCCGGAACCGAAGGAUGAGAUUGAGGCCGGGAUGGCUGAGACUCCAAUCGGGGCAGCGAAGGACGAAGACGUUGGUUGGAAACUUCCGCGAAUUUACCCCCAUUUCGCGAACCUCUAUAUAAACGACUUCUGCUUCUGCUCUCUUUCUCUCACCCCGCUCCCAGUGAUGGAACAGUUCGACGAAAUCCUCAAACAUGAGCACUCCCUACUAGCAGCGGUGGAGGAGAAUGAUCUCAAUUUUAUCACCGGUGCAACACUUUUCAGUCUCAGUGUCUUCUUCCACCAGCUUGAUAGCUACCCGCGGCGGAUCAUCUGCGUAGUCAAUGGGUCUGCCAGAUACGUUGCCACGUUUAACGAACGAAUAAACUCUGCCAUGGUCGACCUCAGCGUACGGUUCAUGCGACCUGGUUCAUACCGACAUCAUUUAAUCACAGUUUCGCUCGAGCAUUUUUACGCGUUCAUCUUAAAAGAUAUCCGCCCCAGCGAUCUUGUGUUGCUUGACGUGAACGCCUCCCCCGGCGAGAAUAAGCUCCUUCUCGCAGUUUUGGCCUAUUAUUCCCUGUCCUUUCACUUCAAGAUUGCCGCUGCUGUCACAAUACUGGACCAGCAGCCAUUUUCUCUCCUGUCAGAGGUGCCUUGGGGCCUACAGAUAGACACUUCCACUGUUCCAGCCUCGUACAACGGUGUAAGUGUGACGUUUUUGGAGAACCCCAGCGCCAAUAUAUUGGUCGAUUCGAUCCAAAUUCUCACACAGUUUCUCAGUCCCCGCUUCACCACGUGCGGGACGGCGGUAAUUGCGUGUCCACGCCGGUAUGUGGCUAACCUCAAGAGUCUCUUGGGGCAGGCAUACAAAGCCCACCGACUUCCGCUCCCAUUCUUAGUCUGUUCAUCGGCUUCACAGCUCCAUAAGUACACCGAACCGCGCAACAAAAUAGUUAUCUACUCACCCAGCGCAGUGGAUAGUGCCUCAUUAGACCUGUUCGUGUACCCCGACAUAAGGUGCAUCAUCGACCUAGGUAUCUAUGAUCAUCCCACAAAUGACACGCUCCUUGCCACAAGCCUCGAGCAGAUACAUUCCCGGGCGAACCUCCUUUCACGUAGCUGCCAGUUGAACCUCAGCUACUUCUGUCUCUUCACCAAGGCCAUAUACCAGACAUUGUCGUUGGAGAACGAUGUCACAGACCAGGACGACUGCGUGGUGGCACUUCUCCGUUGUCUUGCCGUGUUUCCUGCGGAGCUGGUUCUCCCGGAGGUCCAGAAACAAGGCAUGGCGUCACAGCAGGUGGUGGAAGCCAUGAAGUUUAUUUUCUACAUGGGCUGUGUGGAUGAAACCUUCCAGUUGACCCCCAUGGGCUAUCGCCUCGUGAUUUUUCCGUUGAAUAAGCAAAAUUUCCGCUUGUACGCGAUGCUAGCGCAGGCGAUGGCGGCACUGCCAAUGUCCGCUAUUGAGGUGUUGAAAAUCGUGGCAUUUUUGGUGACGGCUGAGGAGACGUUAACCGAGCGCGAAAAGUUCUUCUUUCUCGUAGACACCACUCAAGUGUGUAUUCGAACCCAUAUCGCUGCAAAGGAUUCAGACUUUUUGAGCUUGCUCAAUCUUGUGAAUAGCGUGACAGAGACCACAGUGCAGGGUCGAUUGGCUCUUAAAGACCAGGCUAUUGCCCAGGGACUGGCUCUUGCGGUCUUUUCCGGGAUUCAUUCUGCUUUCCUAGAGCAAGUUCUCGCCGUCUACAACGCCUUACUUCCGGAUGUACAAGUUGGAAUCGGACGUUUGGGAUCCGUCGCAGCCGAUGCCGCAGCAAUCAAGCGGUGUGUGUUUGUCGCUUACUUUGACAGACUCAGCUUGGUAAAGCUUGACGCAGUCGACAGCACCAGAGUGCUAUUACGGAGCGUAGGAAACCUUCCAGAGGCAUACUACGACGAGCAUAGGCGGAAGGAUGCGGAAAUUGCGAGUUUUGAGCUGUCACGGUGGUGCGAUGGUGACUUGUGUGUGUGGAUGAACGGGUACACGAAGGAUUUGGAUCGGAGUUCGGGUGGUGAGCUGCGUGUGGACUGGCUGAGCAGGGUUUCGCGACUGGAUAUUGAGUGUUUUGAGAAUCUACUGGUCCUAUAUGCGAGAGUGGGUACGUAGCACGAAGUCAAGUUUUACCUGUUAGAACAGAGAGUUAUCCUCGGAUAUACGGCUCUUCAACGGGCAUACAUCGAUAGUGAUGAAUCUAGAUAGAACCCUGCAGCCUCAGUUGAAAGGUCGCGGCCUUUCCAAUAAAUAAUCAUGCAUAUAUUGCCUUGUCGUCUCUAUUUAAGUGAGAUGUGGGGUUGAAAUGAACGUUUUGCAAUAAAACCAUGUUUAGGUCUGCCGAUGGAUGAAACGGUUAGUGGAGAGGCCAGACAACCCACGGCGUAGGUAAGCAUGCACACGCUAAAACUUGAGUUGUUAAUGAGACCGGUAAGAGCAUUUUGUAAGUGUUGCAAGC